CCUUCCCAGCCGCCCUCUCCCCCCCUCUCCCGGUCGCCUCUAACGUCGCUGGUGACUCACGAAGACCUCCAUCGACGGCGGUGAAACUGGGGCCGACUUCUGGAGGGUUUGACUUGUUGGAUACAGCGCUGGCUCUUCCAAUCGCCGGGUGCUCUCUGCCACUCUGUCUUGCGGAGCCCUCACCGCGGAAACCAGUUGGUGCGCGUGGCCAUGGCGGUGGCGAAGGUCAAAUCGGUCGCCCUCUCCGUCAGUCACAAGUGCCGGAACAUCUUGGCCGCCGGUUGGGAAGCCCACCUCAACACUGUCAAGGCUGACAACAAGGGAAGCAAGAAUGAGAUUUACACGUCGAGGGUGCACUACAUGAUCCAUAAGGGCACGCCCUACUUGAUUGUCCCCGAGAACGACAUGCACAACAUUAACAUUAUAAUCGAUGAGCGGGGGUCUCUUGCAGUAUUCAGUCCGAUCCGUGGCCGAGUUGCGAGCUUAUUGAAGCCAUCGAAGACACCUCCUCGUGUUGCUAUGACUGGUGAUGUUCUGCGCCUGAAAGACUCAAAGGUUCCAAUUAUUGCCGAUAGCCUGAAGCAAACUAUUCUGAAGGAACAUGAAGCUGCUAGUAAAGCUAGUUAUGGAGUGUCAGCAAUACUGUCUUCGGCAGGUGCUACCUGCAGGUCCCGGAGUGAGGGCCUCCUUAGUCUACUCAGUGAGGAGAGCUCUUACAACAUCUUAAAAUUUGACAUAGGUUCCUGUGUCUACAUAGACUUCAAUGGGAGCAGCCAUAAUAUUGAAUUGGACAGCUUUGAAGCACCAAAAGCAGAUCUGCUAAUGCCAUUCUCUGCGAAGCUUGUGGAUGGUAUCAACCAAAAUGACUCUAGGAGGAGGGCACUGGUGAUGUUCUGUUUUGCGUAUUUUAAUGUGAUAGCAAGAAGCGCUGUCAUGCUUUCCAUUGACCACCAUGGUUUUGAUGUCCUCGCCAAAGUGCCUCAAGGAGACAUCCUUACUAAUCCACAAUACCACUGGAAGGAGUUCAGGUUCACAUUCAAGGAACCUGCCAAGGAUGCUGAGGACUUCUGCCGCAUGCUGGUUGGGUUAGAGGAAGAGGGUUUGCAGACCGUGAAGAGCUGUAGCGGUUACGGUUGACAACCCACUUGCAAGGUUCACAUUCAAGGAACCAGCCAAGGAUGCUGAGGACUCUGCCGCAUGCUGGUUCGAUUAGAGGGAUUUUGCAGCGCGUGAAGAGCUAUAGCGGUCUAGGUGACAGCUCACUUGCCACAAAACCAGUGAGAAACUAUAUAUCCGUUAUUUUGGAACUUUGAAAUAUGGUUUUAGAUUGCUAUGUUUUAUUCGAAGAUCUAUGGCUUCUCGAAUUUAAUAGAGUAGAUGAUGUUUGAACAUGGAGCCGUAAACUAUCAAUAUCUGUUUGAAUGGUAUUUAUAUAAAUAAUAAAACUGGUAACGGUG